AAAUGCUCAAAAAACUAAUUGAUUGAAAGAGGGGAUAAUAAUUGACAAUUACCGCUAUAAAUAGCGCUGUAGACUGUUCUACAGAUUGUAUAUUUACUCGACUGUCCCCUCUCUCAGCUAUACAACGCCUAGAUUCAAGCAAAUAAUAACACAACACUCCAGAACACAGCUAAUCAGCAAAAUAAAUUCUCACAAUGUCUUCUGACUUCAAAGGAAAACUUGCCAUUGUUACUGGUGCUUCCAAGUUGAAUGGCAUUGGUUAUGCUACCGCCUAUCUCCUUGCUAAAGGCGGGGCGGAUAUUGUAGUCACUUACAACUCCAACAAGGCUGCUGUCCAAGAAGUUGUGGCCAAGCUCAAAGAGCUAGGUGUUCAGGUUAUCGCUGUUCAGAGCAACGCAGGCUCUCUAACAUUUGGAGACGACAUUAUCAAUGCCACUGUUGCAGCAUUCCCCGGUCGCAAGAUUGACAUCAUUGUCAACAAUGCUGGCCAUGCUACUUUCCCAGGAACUGCUUUCGACUCGCCCAUCGAAGAAUUCGAUGCCCUUUUCCACCCCAACGUUCGAGGCCCUCACUUGCUCAUUCGAGCUGCCUUGCCUCAUCUCACAACGCCUGGUGGCCGCAUCGUCAAUGUCGGCACUGCGGUAGCCCGUACUGGAGCUAACGUCGCCACGUUCUACACGGCUAGCAAGGGAGCUCUCAACACGCUUACUCUGGCGUGGGCAGAAGAGCUUGGCGAGAAGGGCAUCACGGUCAAUGUUGUUGCCCCCGGUCCUACUGCCACCGACUACGCUCCGCCAGAGGACUUUGACUUGACGCGAAAAUUCCGUGCUCAGCAAUACAUUAAGCGGAAUGGAACACCAGAGGAAGUUGCUAGUGCUAUUGUGUUUUCAGUUAGCCCGGGAGCGAGCUUCAUGUCUGGCCAAAUUAUCGGCAUUGACGGUGGCUUGACUUACGUUUAGAAUUUAGACGUUUAAAAUUUAGAAAGCAUCGAAUUGAGGUGUCUGUUUUGCAAGUCAGCCAUCCUGUUGUGUGAAAUAGAAUAGUUUACCUAAGGAAGGAUAUUACCAACAAAGGAUAUUUACUAUACCCG